UUUGCUUAAUUUGUAAAGGACCUAAUGUAACAACAUGAAGUCGAUUUUUCUAAAAAUUUUAUCACGGAAAUCGACUUCCUAAUCGAUUAUUUUCUAUAUCCCACCUUCCAAUAUUUGACAAAAAUUUAUGGAACAUAUUAUCUGAAAUUACUUUACUUUAGCCUUUGCAUAAUGAUUCAAUUAAACGUAUUAAAAAAUCUGGUUCCUCAACGAAGUUUUCAGGAAUGUUACCACAAAGCUAAAUUCUUACGAAAUUUGUGUAUGACCGGGCUUAGUAAAACAUUUAACCAGAACGAUGAGGAAAGCGUUUUAAAUGUUAUCAACAAUUCAACGGAAAAAGAGCUUAUUAGUUUAGGAAUUGCCAAAACACGAUCCCAACGCAUAGUAGCUUGGAGAGAAGUAAACGGACAAUUCAAAAAUAUGAAUGACCUGAUAAGUAUCAACGGCAUUGGCAUUAAAAUAGUUGAAAAACUUGCACAUCAGAUUUUAAAUCCAAAAUGUGAAGACCGGAACAAUUUUGAAAAUGGAAAAAAAAAAACUAAAGUCGGAAUGCAGUAUUCAAUCCCACCAAUACCUGAAUCCCUUCGCAUGCAUAUGAAAACAUGUCUAUCACUCUACAUUGGUGUAUCUACAAUUUCAUGGACGCGUUUUGAGUUAAAUGUGAGUGACCUAUGUACGUUGACACAUUGGAAUUGUAUUGACAUUCUUCAUAAAAAAAUGCAUGUAAAUGAUUUAGUAGAACAAUGUUUAGUUUUGAUUAACGAAAUACCUGAUUCAGAUUGCUAUGUAUUAGAAAACCCAAAGGUAGCUCAAAUGGCACAACCAGGAAGCCCUCCACAAAUUAAUAUAAAUAUACAAAAAUCUCAAAUAAUUGCAAUUAUUUCUUACGGUCUAAGAAAUAGAAAAUGGGUGGAAAAUAACAGAAAUUUGUCUUCAAAAUCUUUUCCAAAUUUAUUUUUUUUAAAAAGAUAUUUACAUUCGCGCCUUUUCGACACAUUAAUUGGCUCAGAAAGUGUUACUACAUCCGAAGUUAUAUUAAAACUUAUUAAAAACCAUUAUAAUGUUGCAAAUAUUUCAAGUGAAACAUGUUCUACAAACAUAGAGCACAGCACUACUAAUGUAGAAAGCAAAGUUUCAAUACCGCAAGAUUUUACUAAACGAUUUCAAAAUUUAGAUGGCGUUAAGCGAGAGUUUUUAGGACAAUCGAUAUUAUUAGCUUUAACAUUUAUACGUUUAUGUAUUUUAAGGUGUCCAGGAAGCAUAGAAAAACUCAAUCAUUUAAAAAGAAAUACAUAACUUAGAAAAUGGAGUAAUUUUAAAUAACUGGGAAAAUGUAUAUGAAAAAAUUGGAAGUAAAAAACAUAUUUAA